CGUUUACCCAAAAUGGCGGCUGCGAUGGAUGUUGAUAACGCAGAAGAUAUCGAAGAGGGACCCAGUGUAUCGGGGGAAAGAACAUGCAAGAAGAGGUUUGAAGUCAAAAAGUGGAAUGCAGUAGCAUUAUGGGCUUGGGAUAUCGUUGUGGACAACUGUGCCAUUUGCCGGAAUCACAUCAUGGAUCUGUGCAUUGAAUGUCAGGCUAACCAAGCCUCAGCCACGAGUGAGGAAUGCACAGUGGCAUGGGGUGUCUGCAAUCACGCGUUUCAUUUCCACUGCAUCACCCGUUGGCUGAGGACUCGACAGGUGUGCCCUCUAGACAACAGGGAAUGGGAGUUCCAGAAGUACGGCCACUAGCAGCAGCUGCUGGGGACAAUUUUUCCCGCCGCCCCCUGUACCAACUGCCAGUCACGUGACGACGAUUCCCCCCACCAUUCCGAAUGACGUCUGCCUGUCUGUCUGUCUCUCACCUCUCGGUGUGGCCAUGUCGACCUCAAGUUCGACUAGCACCAGCCCCCGUUACUUGACUGACGGCAGACGUAGGAGAGGGAGGACUGCAGACCAACAUCUUCUGUCGUCGUCUGCUGAACUCUGACUGACUGGAGGCGGGAAAACGACGACCUGGGCUGGGGUGUCAUCUGUGUGUUUUAAAUGUCCGCGUUUUGUUUUUCUUGUUUUGGUAUUUUCCGUGUUUGUGUGUGUGGUUGUUUUUUCUUUUUCUUAUUAACGUUCUUUUUUUUAAAAUUAUAUUGAUCCUGGACGUCAAUAAAUCCGUUCGGAUCACUCA